AUGACAUUAAGUAGGGCUCGAAUAUUCGGUUCUUUGCUUAGGCAUGUGAGAUCUAUGCUGCACUGCUGUCCAUAUAGUUCAAGCUAUGCAAUUAAUGAUCGGUUACGAUUUCAAAAUGAAAAUAAGAAAGAUGAGCAAGAAAAGGAGGUACGAUCAAAAUAUGUAUUCCGACCACGCUUACCGGUUCUUAUCGAAAAUGAUUAUUUUGAUGCGUCAUUCCAGUACGAAUAUGAUAAAAUUUGUCGCGAAUGUUAUGCCUGGGAUUCAGAGAUGAAUGCUGUUAAAACAGUAUGGGCAAGAUUGAAACCACCGCCACAGGAGAGAGUUGAAGAGGAUAUAUUGGUAAUUGGGAAUCUAUAUUCGCUUCCUUGGGCUCCGAAUGAGUGGUGUAUAGAGCGAGCAUUUAAUUGCUACAGGAAUAGACGAGACGUUACACGAAUUCAUUUAACUAUAAAAUAUUUGGAAAUGUUGAAAAGAUUACCGAAUCUACAAAUUGGUCUUAUGUUAGACAUGGCUCAUCAUAUGCAACAAAAUCUUCUGAUAAAAAGAAUUCGAAAGUUGUUCGAAUUGGUGUGUCAGACAUAUUACACUGGUAACUUGAAAAAGCUGAUAGAAAGUGAUGAAAAUGCUGAACCUAUUGUGGUACACAUGCAUAAAGUAGAGCAAUUUGAAGCCGAAAAGCGUGAAGUGCUAAAUAUCACUGAACAAGAUAUCGUCACUGUUGCUCCAGGUCUUUAUGGUGCCAUUCAGGAUUUCUUCCGAGUUCAUUUUGCAAGUACUUAUUCAUUAUCAAUAACGUAUUGUGCAUUACAUCAGAAAAACAUUCUGUAUCGUGUGGCUGAUAAGAAGUAUAAAUUAACGAAAAAUCAGAUUGCUAUGCCAUAUGAAUACCGAUACAAUGUACCAUACAUGAUAUUCGGUAAUUUUGGUUAUUGGUAUUCACGAAAAAGGAGACGGUUCGAACUUCAUGAUCUUCAUAUUUUAUCUUUCCCAAUACUGCCUUGGUAUAAAGAUUUGCCCGACACAGAGGGGAAGUUCUUUUCACCAAUAUAUGAACGAAUCCCAUUGUCUAAAACUAUUUUUAAUUAG